AUGGUAAGUCUCCAUGAAGCUAAAUCUCUAUUUGAACAACUUAAUACAAACCAAGAUGGAAGUAUUGGACUACUUGCAACUUGCGGCCAAAAUUUUCGUCCUCAUCUACACUGUUGGCUUUUUAGUUUGUUUGAUCUUUGGCCACGAUUAGGAAGCUUCGUUAAUAUUGAUAAAAAUGAAUUUCAUAAUUGGAUUUCAGAUGCUAAAGGAUUGAAUUCUUCAUCAUACGAAUCAACAACUAGUAAACUCCAUCAUUAUAAUAAUACGACUAGUCAGUUGGAUCGGUAUAACUAUAAAGUUAGUUCUCAAGACAGUUUGGGAUAUACGGCUGAUAAACAUGCUUCAUAUGGGACUACAGCAGUAGCUAGUGAGUUGAUUGAUGAUACGGCGAUUCAUACAAGUAGUUUAGAAGAAACAAAUCAAUAUAUGGAAAAAUCAACUAAUAAUAUUUAUGAGGAUCUCUAUCCAAGAAUUAUUCAACAAGCAACAACUGAAAAUCUAGUAACACUACAACAACAAAUUUUUGUUCGAUAUCUUCAACCACCAGCUGUUCCACCACCAGGACCACUCAUUAUCAAAGAAGUGCGUCCACAACAACCAUCACCACCUCCACCACUUGUCAUACACGAAUAUGCGCCACCUCUUCCUUCAUCACCUCCACUUACCUUCCGUGAACGGCCACCAACACCACCCCCACAUAUUCCUAGUGCAACAAUUAUUCGUACCUUACCUGCUAUACCUGUUCCACCACGAUCAGUUGUUAUCGAACGUUUUCUACCUUCUCGAGAAAAACCACGCGAUAUUAUAGUUGAACGAUGGAUUCCCUACGGACCUCCACAUGUACGCCGUACAAUUGUUGAACACGCUCCUCCUGCGAUACAAUAUCCACAACCGUCUAAUACUAUAAUUAUUUAUUCUAAUGCGAAAAUACUUAGAGUCCGAAAUUUUGAAAAACUUGAUGUUAUUCAAGAAGAUCCUAUCGCUUAUGUAGCUCGUUAUGGGCUAUCGCUUUUAGAUCCAGCAACACUUGUUCAACAAGCUCGCAACGCUGGUGUUAUUGAAGAUAUAUCGUAUCCGGUACUAUCGUCUUCAAUAUAUGCAACUACAGAUGAAAAUACUGUUCAUUUGGAUCAGUCAAAUGAAAUAAUCAAUCAAGGUUUUUCAUUAUCGCGUGGAACUCGUAGCGAAGAAGUUCGAUUAGGUGCUAAUACCAACGGUAUUAAUCUUAGUAAUACAAGGUCUUCAUUUUUAGCAUCGAUGUUUAUUGGUAAUAGUGCUUCAACUGGCAGUGCUAAUGUCACUCGUAGGGAAUUUAAUGACGGGGAUGCUAGUGUUACCACUACUCAUGCCAACCGUGUUGAAAAAUUAAAUUAA